UGAAAAAGGAACACAUACAUACGGAGACUUCGAAUUUGGCUUGCUCGAGAGGGCAUCUCGGCACGCACUGGGCAAGUGCCCGAGUGCGUAAAAGCACCAGAAGGUUGUAAAAGCACAGAGUAGGCCUUGGCGUUACUGGGACUCCUAAUUGCCUAGCUAGUAGGAGGAGCCAACUCUCUGUGGGGUGCGGGGACCUUCCAAAAAUUUAAUGCCCUCAAAACAAUGCUUCCAUAGUCCAUAGACUAGAUCUAGUCUACCGCGUAAUCCGAUAGCCGCCGUUCGCCGUUGCCUUGCUUCCUGCUCUUCCUUUUGCCAUUAGGCAGCUCAUUAUUAGGCAUUAUUUGAAGAGUGCUGUACAAAAUUUAAUAAUGAUGCACUCCGAGUCCUAAGUUGAAAAAGCUAUACAGUAGGCCUUGGCGCGACUGGGACUCCUAACUACUACUCAGUACUGUAGCUGUGCCAGCUUAGGGGAGCCCAACUCUAGCUAGAAGGACAAAGGCCGCCGUUGCCUUGCUUUUUGCUUUGCUGUUUGCUGUUCCUGUUAACCGUUGCCAUUGGACAUGACUGAAGAGCACAUCCAUUGUUGGAGAGUUGUUGGAGUGAGAACAAUGUGAAGAAUGUCCUUGUUCGAAGGUAAUCAGUAGACAGUAGACCUGUUAAUAAUAGGAGAACUGGAUGGCAAGUAGCAGUUGAGUGGAGCGUCAAGUGGGUUUCAGUGGCUAGCUACCGAGUACUGAGUAGUAGGAAUUCGCUGACCACCAUGAUUCCAAGAGGUUUAAGGAUCCUCAAGCAUGCUUCCCAGCUCCUAUUUCCUUUGUUGGCCUACUACGAAAGAAGAAGCUGGAAGCUGCGAGGAUGUCCUUGGAUUUGUUGAAGAAUCUGAUGCCUAAAUGGAACAAAGACACAGCAGGCGUGAUGCCAUUAUUUCCUGUCGUAUCGCAUUCAAGACGCUUUCUCAAGAUGGACGAGAUAGACAGCACGAGUUAGUUGUUUCCAUUAGAGGCGAAGUUUCCAACCGAAUGUUCCGCAACCAUGAUUGGCUGUACCGUAAUCUUUCGGUUCGCAGAUGGUCCAGUACUUACGGCCUGUCAGUGGCCAAGAGACAAAGCUACUUAGUUAUUGCCGACCGACUCGGACCAAGUACUCAUUAGGCGGUGGGCGCGUCAGAGAUAGUAAAGCCUUAGCUACAAACCAAUAAACCAACGCCAUUGCAAACACUCAGACUGAUUACGGCCUUGUGCUUGAUUAGCAUAGCUACCUGGUACCUACCGUAGCUACCGGUGGUAGCUAGUCGUACAGUCAACGUGCACACAAUUAGUUUUCGGGAAAGCGAUCAAGGAUAGACGAACAGUAAAGGGAUUGACCAAGAAGCUGCAAAGAUGUCGUCUUCUGAGGCGCGAGAGCCAGAUUUUGGAGCCCACGACAACCUAGUUGAUGAAAUGACGAGUGACUCUGUCGCUCAUCAAGGUGACAAUGGGAACGGAGAAGAAGAAGAGAUCAGAGCUAGGGAUGAUGCUGAGGCUGUCCAGGCCUCGGACGGGUCUGAAGAAGGUAGUAGACAUGAGCACCUCGAAACCGUGUGUAGGAGGAUGGAUGAAGAAGUGGAUGCCAAGUUGCAAGCUAGUGGCAGAACCUCUGAUGCUCGCACUCCUACAGCUACCGCUGCUAAAAGCACUCCUACAACUACCGCUGCUACUAGGAUGAUGGGUGAAUUGGAUGCCAAGUUGGUGGCUACCGCCUGUACCGGUAGCAGAAACAGAAACGGGACCUCUGCUGCUCGCUCUCCUGUCGCAGCCGCCGCUGCAAGCACCAGUGCCGAAGACAAUGGGAACGGAGCAGAAGCAGAGAUAAGAGCUAGCGAUGACAUUCGCGGUGAUGCUGAGGCCGCCGAGGACUCGGACGAGUCUGCAGAAGGUAGUAGACGAGAGCACCUCGAAGCCACUUGCAGGAUGAUGGAUGCAGAAGUAGAUGCCAAGUUGGAAGCUAGUGGCAGAACCUCUGAUGCUCGCACUCCUACAGCCAUAGUUGCAACUAGGAUGAUGAAUGAAAUGGAUGCCAAGUUGGCGGCCACUGGCAGAAACCCUGCUCACACUCCUACAGCCACCGCUGCUACUGUUUCCCUGGCCGCCACCGCUGCUACUAGGAUGAUGGAUGAUUUGGAUGCCAAGUUGGCGGCCCCUGGCAGUGUCGCUGCCACUGCUCCCAUGGCUGCCACCCCAAAUAAUGCCAGCGCGGAUGGCGUACUCUCCGCCGUUGUGGCUAACAAGGAAGCGGUUCUCAGUGACAUACAACCAUUGCCUUCUCCCAAUGGUGGUGGUGUUCCAUCAGCAGCAUCUUCUCAUGAUAGUACGGCACUGAGUUCCAUCGUGACGUCUUUGCCGAAUCUCAAUGCAACUCCUACGAGCGAUUUGCCUGCUGCCAGUGGAGUUUCGUCGUCCAAAGCCUCAUCACAGGCAGAUACACCAGGAGUGUCAGCCAACCCCCCGGGAGCGUAUGCGGUCCAAACGACACGAAGACCGGCAGCGUUUUCAGGAAGCGCCAACAGUAUUGCUACCUCUGUUACGACGGCUACUUCCACCACCACAGCCGCCCCCCAGACUAAUGGUGUUGUCUAUCAUCAGGAUAUUACGGAAGAGUCCACCGCGGACCAGGAUCUGGCAGUGGCCAACCCAGUUAGUCAUAAUACUCUUAUGGGCGGCGACUUGACACUGCCGUACGCCGAAGCCAUGGACGACACAAAGAGAAGGGUCGUCGAGGAGGAACAUGUGCAGAGACGGAACCAGUGGCUUUGUCUCGGAGGUCUUUUGGCGUUUCUCAUCUUCUCUGCCGUCGCCCUCGUGCUAGUUGGCGUCAAGAUGCAAAACACAGAAACUGACAAUGAGUUGGGGGAGACGGCGGCUCAACCCACGUCACCCCCGACACAAUCUCCAACGAUGACCGUGGAGGCAACCAUCAUGGCUCUGCUGCCACACUACACAGUGGAUGCUAUCUUGGAAGGAGAAACACCCCAAGCCAGUGCCUAUGCAUGGCUCCUAGACGAUCCCAAUCUCCUGUCGUAUCCGACAUGGAGAGUUCAUCAGCGACUCGCAUUGGCCACUCUCUACUAUGCCACCCACGGAGAUGAGUGGCUAAACAAUACCAAUUGGUUAAGCUACAGCAGUCACGAGUGCGCCUGGCAUUCGUCCAGCUUAUCCUACCAUGUUUGGGAGGAAGCAUAUUACACGCCAGAGUUGUGGAUGGAUCACCUAACUGGGAACAGCACUGGACCAUGUCAUGAUGAUAAUGAUGACACCUCCUCAAGCAGCUCAGAGGAGGAGGAGCAGCAAAAGUACAUACACCUACAUUUCAUCAGCAACAACUUGAAGGGCACCCUUCCUUUGGAACUGUACUGGCUGACAUCCUUGCAGAGUCUAUCCUUGGUGACAAACCCCAUUGAAGGCACAAUCUCUUCCCAAGUUGGAAGGCUCUCAAACUUGCAGUCACUGAAUCUUGUGUCCAUGGAUCUGGCAGGAUCUCUUCCAUCAGAGGUGGGGCUGCUGACCCAGUUGUCAUUUCUUGUGCUUUACACCAACAAGCUAAGUGGAUCCAUUCCUUCUGAAAUUGGCUUGCUUCAAGAGUUGGGAGAAAUGUUGCUGGAGGAAAAUAGCUUCACCGGUACCAUUCCCACAGAGAUUGGUUUGUUGGACAAAGUAUGGAAAAUGUACUUGGAUACCAACCCGCUGUCUGGAACUCUACCAAGUGAGUUUGGGCUCCUAUCUUCUUCUAUGGAGAACUUGCAGAUAUGGGGAACCCCCAUUGCGGGACCAAUUCCUUCCGAACUGGGCAGCCUUUCAAGAUUGACUAAGCUGGACAUUGCAGAGAAUGCAUUGACAGGGACAAUCCCAGUAGAGCUGUUGACCAACACAUCACACCUGAAGAAACUGUAUCUCUUUGACAACCACCUCACAGGGACAAUACCGACGGAGGUUGGCCUGAUGAAGAAUGUAACAGGCAUUUCAUUGACGCGGAACACUCUCACUGGCACCCUUCCAACUGUGUUUAGUUUGCUCCCAGAUCUAAGGUAUCUGCUGCUGCAGCACAAUGAGUUGUCUGGUGAGAUCAACACAGAGAUUGGAUUAUGUUCAAGCUUGGCAUACUUCAGCGUUGGCAACAACAACAUGUGGGGGUCUAUUCCUCAUGAGAUUAUGGGGCUGAGCAGCAUGGAAGCACUAGGACUGUUCACCAAUGCUUUCACUGGUCAAAUUCCUAGCGGUUUCGGCCUCAUGACCAACAUGUCAACGUUCUUGGUGCAAUCCAACUCUUUUUCCGGAAAGAUCCCGUCUGAAAUUGGUCAGUGGCAGGAAUUGUGGGAACUAGACCUUUCCGACAACAACUUUGAGGGUAGCAUACCACAAGAAGUUGCCAAUCUGACCACAUCAUCCAGCAUUCUACACCUGUGGAACAUUUCCAGCAACCCACUGCUCACGGGGGUCCUCCCAGUAGAGCUUUGUGAGGCACCACAGGAUGAUAUUGACAUUGUCUAUGAUUGUACAGACAGUCUCUGUGGCUGUGAAUGCAAUUGCACUACUACUAUGAUGAAUGCCACCACAAGCUCCUCCAAUUCCACCACAAACUCCACCAACUUCUAA